AUGAGGACGGACAGCGAAAGCCGACCGUCCAUUGCGCCCAGCCUCAUGGCCGAGUACGAGUUCCUUCGGCCGCCACUCGGGCGCGGUGCGUUCGGCGUGACGUUCAAGGCGAGGAAACGAGGCGCCGAUGCCAUCGUCGCCAUCAAGCGCUCCACGCGGGGCACGGACGACGAGGCCACCCGCGCAAUCCGCGAGGCCAUUCACCUGCUGCGGCUCGAUCACCGCAACCUGGUCAAGGUACUGGACGUUUUCCUCGAUCGUGAUCCGGAGACGGACGAACCGCGUAUCAACAUGGUGAUGGAGUACUGCAGCGGUGGCACUCUGCGUUCGCACUAA